UUUGUGCGCGUGUGCUUCAUUUGUCAACAUGUUUCUCUAACACUGUUGAAUAGUGGCACAUUUUUAAUUAUAGAAUUGUUUUAUAUAUACAUAUUUAGUUUGCAACUGCACGUGUUUUCAAACAGAAGCCAUGACUGACGAGGUGGGCUUUUUGAAUGUACAGCUCGAGGAGAAAGAGAAAGAAAUAGUCGCUCUGAAGAAUAAACUGGCACAUCUGGAAAAGAGCAAUGCCUCAGUACUGGAGCUGUAUGAACAAGUGACACCCCUAACGCCGCUUAAAGCCAAAGCAUCCCUCAGCAAUGAGGACAUCAUGAGGUACAGCAGGCAGCUCCUUCUGCCCGAGCUCGGUGUACAAGGUCAGCUAAACCUAUCCAAGACUUCAGUGCUGGUUGUGGGCUGCGGGGGACUGGGCUGCCCCCUGGCUCAGUAUCUUGCAGCAGCAGGCAUCGGGCGCCUGGGCCUGCUGGACUAUGACGAGGUGGAGCUCAGCAACCUGCACAGACAGGUGCUUCAUGGGGAGGAGAACCAGGACCAGGCAAAGGCUCUGUCUGCUGCUACUGCAGUUAAAAGAUUGAACUCUACAGUAGAGUGUAUUCCCUACCACCUGCAGCUCUCGUCGGAGAAUGCCUUGCAACUCAUUCAACAAUAUGACAUUGUUGCCGAUUGUUCAGACAACGUCCCCACACGGUAUCUGGUGAAUGACGCCUGUGUGCUCAGUGGCAAGCCUCUGGUGUCAGCCAGUGCUCUGAGAAUGGAGGGGCAGCUGACAGUGUAUAACUACCGUGGAGGCCCCUGCUACAGAUGUCUGUACCCGGUCCCCCCACCCUCAGAGACAGUGACCAACUGUUCUGACGGAGGGGUGUUAGGAGUGGUUCCAGGGAUAAUGGGCUGCUUCCAAGCUCUGGAAGUCCUCAAGAUUGCCUCCGGACAAGGCUCUUCCUGCGGCCAACAGCUGGUUAUGUUCGACGCUCAAGAUGCCAGAUUCAGGUCCAUCAAGCUGCGGCCCAAGCAGGCAGGGUGUGCAGUGUGUGGAGAGAACCCCAGUGUGACCCGGCUGGUGGACUAUGAGGCAUUCUGUGGCUCUGCUGCCACUGAUAAGUGCCGCAAACUCAACCUUCUUUCCAGAGAUCAGAGGAUCACAGUACAGGAUUAUAAAUCAAUAAUGGACACUGCAGAGCCCCAUCUCUUGUUGGACGUGCGCCCUCUUGUGGAGGUGGAUAUAUGCCACUUACCUACCUCCCUCAACAUUCCCCUCUCAAGUUUAGAGUACAGGAAGAGUGAACAUAUCCAGUUACUGCAGGAGAGAAUCAGCCAAUUAAAGCAGCAGAUGGAAGGUGACUGCAGGCCUCCAGUGUAUGUAAUCUGCAAGAUGGGUAACGACUCCCAGAAGGCGGUGCAAGUCAUGGAGAAGAUGAGUGGAUCCGAAGUGGACAGUAUUACAGUGAAAGACAUCAGUGGAGGCCUCAUGGCUUGGGCGAAGAGAAUUGACCCCACAUUUCCACAGUACUAAUUAAUCAAUGUAAAAGUCAAUAAACUGAAUUAUGUUUUU